AUGAAAGUAGAAAGCGUUGUUGACAGAGAGUGUGUUGGUGAUGAGCACAUCAAAACUGAUAAGCAGCGUGAAGCUUUCAAUCGGUGGGCACACGGAUUUACACGUCAAGAUCAUCCUACUGUAGUCCAGGUUCUAUUAGAGAGUGGUAAAGACAAGGACAUCACAGGUGUCGAGAUGCCAAACCUAGUUUAUGUUUCGAGACAGAAAAGUAAAGCCUCACACCACCACUUCAAGGCUGGUGCUCUAAAUGUUCUGCUUCGAGUCUCGGCUGCCAUGACAAAUGCACCACUAAUCCUGACGUUAGACUGCGACAUGUAUUCAAAUGAUCCUAAUACUCCGGUUCAUAUGUUAUGCUUUAUGUUGGAUUCGAAAAUGUCAAAAUACCGUUAUGUUCAAUUCCCUCAACGCUUUCAUGGGAUUAAUAAGAACGACAUUUAUGGAGGUGAAAACAAACGUUUGUUUCAAAUAAAUCCAAUCGGUAUGGAUGGUUUAGCAGGAACCAAUUACGUAGGUACAGGGAGUUUUUUUCGUCGACGAGCUUUCUUUGGUGGGCCUUCGUCAUAUGUAUCCGCUGAAAAACCAGAACUAAACCCUAACCAUGUUGUUGAUAAGUCCAUUCAAUCAGAAGCAGUUCUGGAAAUGGCUCAAAGUGUAGCUAGCUGUGAAUAUGAAAAUGGUACCAAAUGGGGUUAUAAGAUGGGUUUCAGAUAUGGGUCACUAGUGGAAGACUAUUUCACAGGUUAUCAAUUGAAUUGUGAAGGAUGGGAUUCUGUAUUUCAUUCUCCGUCCCUUCCUUAUGGUGUAGAUGUGAUAGUGUGA